AUGAUGGUGGUGGCGGCGCCGGCAGCAGAGGCGGCGAUUGGGUGCCCGGAAGUAACGCUGAAGUUGGUGCCAUGCCUGGACUACGUGAAAACCGGGGCAACGGCGGUACCGCCGGGAUGCUGCAGCGGGGUGAGCUCAUUGCUCAGCAUGGCUAACACCACCGCCGACCGUCAAAACGCCUGCAACUGCUUGAAGUCUCUCGCUGCCUCCCUGUCUAGCAACGCUAUCAACAAAGCCGCCGGCAUCCCCGGCAAGUGCGGCGUUAGCGUUCCCUUUAAGAUCAGCCUCUCCACCGACUGAUUCACUAAUGGCGAGGAACCAGGCGUUCGCGGCUGCAAGACUGAGUACUAG